AUGCUGCUGAUGUAUAAUCCGGGUGUACUUGUGAGCAGGAAAGCUCUCCUUUUCAUUGCAACAUGUAUAUCUGUGGGUGUUGCACAAGUACCCAAACAAGCAAUAGAUGUUCUUCAUCAACUAGGCCUUGUGAAAGAUGUCCAAGAGCCUUCAGAGACAGCAGUGCCCUCACCAUCCUCUCUGUUACCUCAGGGUGUUCGUCUAACUGCAUCAGGAGUGGUGCUAAGCGAUGAUGCACAUAUUGAGUCCCGUGUCCUUCAAGUCAUACCAUCAAAUCUAGGGCAUCAGUUCACCUUAUUGGUUGGGCUGUACUCUUACAGAGCCAGUAAUGCUUUUCUUUUCAGUGUUAGGAACAAAAGCAGGUUGCAGUUUGGUGUCCAGCUGCUACCAAGAAAGGUAGCAGUGUACACCGGAGGGAAGCAGCCCGUGUACUUUGAUUAUUGUGUUCAUAAUGAACAAUGGCAUUUGUUUGCCAUUGGCAUUGGGGACAAGACUGUCUCACUAUUUGCUGAGUGUGGAAACAAGUACUACAGUGGUGAAGUACUUUCUAAAGUGGAGACAUUUGAUUCAGAGGGUGUAUUUACCCUGGGAAGGAAGAGCUCUCACUCUGUCAGCUUUGAAGGAGUUAUAUGUCAGCUGGAUAUUAUUCCCUCUGCAGAAGCCUCUGCAAACUACUGUAAAUAUGUGAAACAGCAGUGUCGCCAGGCUGAAACCUAUCAAUCUCUGCGUGGGGCUCCACUUCUGCCACAUGGGCUGGAUGCUUUUUCAAAGAUGAUCACUGAUGAGGAAAACCUGGAAGAUAUAUCAGCUUAUAGAUGGAAAGAAGUAUCAAACAUGCCUGUUACCAACGUUGCUCAGAUUCACUUUUUACCAGACCACUUUGAGUUAAGAAAUGCCUCUGUAUGGGAGUUUGCAGAGACCAAACCUCUGUUGCUGGAAGCUUGGCCUCAAACAGAACUCCAGCAGAACAUAGAUCUGGCUCUUCAGCAGCAGGAGAUGAGCAGAAAAAGAAACAUCACUAAAACCCCUGCAGGAUCGUAUCCAAAUAGUUCAGCUAAUACCACAGAAGAUGCAGACAGACAUAGCGAGCCUUCUCUGAUCUCCCCUGUAAAACAGAGUAAAACUAAAAGCAAGGGAAUGGAAAAAGCAAAACAGCAUUUAGAUGAACCAAACAAAAAGCAGCAAAUCUUCAACACAACUCUGUACAGUUUGCCUGCUGAACUCCCUCUGGAUAAUCAACUCCAUCCGGGGCAGGAAGGUGCAUUUGAUGCUGAUGAGACUUAUCGUACAGAAAGCACUUAUGAAAAUGGUAUUGAUAAUUAUGCUUAUGACUAUGAAGAUCUUGGCAAAAUGUUUGAAAGGGGAAGUGUCAGAGGUCCAAAGGGGGAAACUGGACCUCCUGGUCCUCCAGGUCCUCCAGGUUUACCUGGUCCUUCAGGGAAGAGAGGUCCUCGGGGUAUUCCAGGACCACAUGGGAACCCAGGUUUGCCAGGAUUGCCAGGUCCCAAGGGCCCUAAAGGAGACCCAGGAUUCUCUCCAGGACGGGCAAAAUGUGGAGAAAAGGGUGAUCCAGGCCCCAUGGGCUUUCCAGGCCCACCUGGAAUCAAAGGCCAGAAGGGUCUUAAGGGUUACCCAGGACUGCAAGGGCCACGGGGUGAGCAGGGAAUUCCAGGAAUUGCUGGCAGUAUUGGGGCAGUUGGUUACCCUGGCAGGCAGGGCCUAGCUGGACCGGAAGGUAACCCAGGUCCUAAAGGAGUAAGAGGUUUUAUUGGACCUCCAGGUGUGGCAGGACAACCAGGACCUGAAGGAGAAAGGGGUAUCCCAGGCCUCCGUGGAAAAAGAGGUCCUAAAGGGAGACAGGGUUUUCCAGGUGACUUUGGAAAUAGAGGCCCCCCUGGUCCAGAUGGAAGUCCUGGAAUUGUUGGUGGUGUUGGUCCUCCUGGAUUUCCAGGACUAAGAGGAGACAUUGGGCCAGCAGGACCAAGUGGACCAUCAGGAAUUCCAGGGCCCAUGGGUUUCCCAGGGAGUGUGGGACAGCCUGGAAUGAAAGGUGAUAAGGGUGAACAUGGCCUUGCAGGAGAGCCAGGAGAUCAGGGGUACCCAGGAGACAAGGGUGCUCUUGGUUUACCAGGACCUCCGGGGAUCAGAGGAAAACCAGGACCUCCAGGGAAAAUUGGAGAACCUGGACCCCGUGGACCAUUGGGUCCUCAGGGACCUGAGGGUUUUCCAGGAGAUAUUGGUGUACCUGGAUUAAAUGGCCCUGAAGGUCCUAAGGGAGCUCUGGGUGACCGAGGGCCUCCAGGGCCACAAGGCCCCAAAGGAGUUGAGGGAGAAGUAGGACCAGCUGGACCUAUUGGAGGAGUCGGCCCAAGAGGAAAGCCAGGGCAGAACGGUUAUGUAGGUGAUCCUGGACCAGAAGGUUUGAAGGGAGAAAAAGGAGACCAAGGAAACCUUGGAAAAACUGGUGAAGCAGGAUCAGCUGGCUUACCUGGAGAAGCUGGGCCAUCUGGAAACCUUGGUGAAAAGGGAGAGCGAGGCAGUCCAGGACCUGUAGGUCCUCCUGGAGACAAAGGUGUCAUGGGCUAUCCAGGACCUCCAGGAGGCCCUGGACCUGUGGGGCCAGAAGGAUUACCUGGACCUUCAGGGGCACGAGGACCUUCAGGGCCACAGGGACCUAAGGGAAGAAGGGGGCCAAGAGGUCUCGAUGGUCCUCCAGGAGAGCUGGGAACAGAAGGUGUUAAGGGAGAAAGAGGUGAUCCAGGAAAGAAAGGAGUCCCUGGGCUCAUUGGUAAAGCUGGAAAUCCAGGAGAGAGAGGAGAGCAGGGUGCACUUGGUUUGCUUGGGCCUCCAGGAGCCACAGGAGACAGAGGACCAGUGGGAGAGCCAGGUCCAAGAGGACAACCAGGGGAUGCUGGCCCUAUUGGAGAAACGGGUUUUGAGGGACCUCCUGGCCCUGAAGGAGAACCUGGUCUGCAGGGGGAACCGGGCACAAAGGGAGACAUUGGACCUGCUGGGAAGGCUGGAGAACCAGGUGACCAAGGUUUGAGGGGUGAACCAGGGCCUCCAGGAGAAGAUGGUGUUCAAGGAAAAGAUGGCCCAAAGGGAGACCCUGGAGACCAGGGACUUGUUGGAGAAGGUGGUGAAAAAGGAGAGAUGGGAUUACCAGGAAUUGCUGGGCCCCCUGGUGAACCCGGCCUAAUGGGAAUUCCUGGCCCUGAAGGAACACCAGGAAAUCCAGGUCAGAGGGGCCGUUUAGGAAAGAAGGGGGAAAAGGGGCAGCUUGGCCCUCCAGGAGAAGCUGGACCUGCUGGUGAUUCUGGCCAGCCUGGAAAAACUGGUCCUAAAGGUGCAAGAGGAACUCGAGGUCCCAUGGGACAUCUAGGAGGAAUGGGACCUGAAGGAGAGCCAGGAAUUCCAGGUUAUGGGGGUCACCAGGGUCCUCCAGGGCCCUCAGGGCCCCCAGGCCCCAAAGGAGAAAAGGGUUACCCAGGUGAAGACAAUACAGUCCCUGGACUACCUGGGCCCAUAGGUGAACCAGGUCGAAGUGGUGAGCGUGGAGAUAGAGGAGAGCCUGGUGAUGAGGGCUACAAGGGUCAUACAGGUCUUCCAGGGCUUAGAGGACCUAUUGGACAACAAGGACCUCCAGGAGAGCCAGGUGAAUUGGGAGAGCAAGGACUAAAAGGAGAAAGAGGUUCAGAAGGACAUACAGGGAAGAAAGGAGCAACAGGUCAAGCAGGCAAAGCUGGAUUUCCUGGAAAACCGGGGCCACCAGGGCAGAAAGGAGUAGUUGGGUACCCUGGACCAGAGGGCAUUCCUGGGAACCCUGGAAAGACUGGGCUGUCGGGGAAGCCUGGCCCUAAGGGCAAUAAAGGAAACUCAGGCUUACCAGGUCUAGCAGGUUAUCCUGGAGCUCGAGGUCCCAAGGGAUUGCCAGGCAUGCCAGGGCCCAUGGGAGCACCUGGACUAAAGGGUGAGAAAGGGCUUCUAGGUCAUCCAGGAAAGCGAGGCACAAGAGGCCUUCCAGGAUCAGCAGGUGACCAAGGACCAGCAGGAGAGCCUGGGCUGAAAGGACAGAUUGGAGAAGAUGGAGAUCAAGGUUUAAUGGGGUUUCAAGGAUUCCCAGGUCCAAAAGGCCCUGCAGGGGACAUUGGCUUAGUUGGAAUUCUGGGCCCGAAAGGUCCAACAGGCCAAGUUGGAUAUAUUGGCCCUGUUGGUCAAGAAGGCAUAGCAGGCCCAACUGGCAGACCUGGACCAAGAGGUGAAAAGGGCACGAGGGGUGAAAUGGGGCCUCAGGGACGGCAGGGCCAGCCUGGGCCACCUGGACCACCUGGACCACCAGGACCAAGGAAACAAGUGGAUCUCAAUGCUGCUGUUCAAGCUUUGUUUGAGUCAAAUGCUGCCUUGCAGAUGGAGAAAUACCAGAAUACUGAAGUAACUUUGCUAGAUCAGAGUACAGAGAUAUUCAAAACGCUCCACUACCUUAGCAAUUUACUGCACAGCAUCAAGAACCCUCUUGGCACACGGGAUAACCCAGCACGCAUCUGCAGGGAUCUGCUCCACUGUGAUCAUAAAGUGGCAGAUGGAAAAUACUGGAUUGACCCAAAUAUUGGAUGUCCUUCUGAUGCCAUUGAAGUUUUCUGCAACUUCACUGCAGGUGGUCAGACAUGUUUAACACCACUGUCUGUGACAAAGCUGGAGUUUGGUGUUGGAAAAGUGCAGAUGAACUUCCUUCAUUUACUGAGCUCAGAAGCAACCCACAGCAUCACAGUCCAUUGUCUGAACACACCCAUGUGGGGACUGACUGCAGCAGGGAGCCGGAAGACAUCAGUUACCUUUAAAGGAUGGAAUGGUCAAAUAUUUAAAGCAAAUACUCUCCUGGAACCUAAAGUGCUUCUGGAUGAAUGCAUGAUUGAAGACGGCAGCUGGCAUAAGACCCAGUUCUUUUUCCACACUCAGGACACAAAUCAGCUUCCAGUUGUUCAAGUUAAUGCACUUCCUCACCUCAAACCAGGCCAGCAGCAUUUCAUAGAAAGUGGCUCCGUAUGCUUCCUGUAAGAUUUCUGUCCUAGGUUUCUUGUUGCAUCCAUAUGGAGUGCUGCA